AAGCUCCCUUGAUCCCAGGACUGACAAACCCUUAAUCCCCAGUAAACAAGCCGAGAAAAAAAACACGAAAGAGUGAAUGUGUUGCAGGUUUCUCCUGGGCAAGCACAAAGCAGCGGUUGAAGUCUACAACGACGCAGCUCAACACAACGAGAAGGACUGGGAGAUCUUCCAUAACUUGGGAGUCUGCUACAUGCAGCUGAAAUAUUUCAACAAGGCCAAAGAUCAACUGAACAACGCCUUGCAGCUCAACCGCCAUGACCUGACCUACAUGACCCUGGGGAGAAUCCACCUGAUGGAAGGGGAUAGAGACGCAGCCAUUGAAAUCUAUAAAAAAGCAGUGGAAUUCUCUCCUGAAAACACAGAACUCCUUACAAUUCUGGGCUUGCUUUAUCUUGAGCUUGAGGUUUAUCAGAAAGCCUUUGAGUACCUUGGAAACGCCCUCACCUUUGAUCCCUGCAACUAUAAGGCCAUUUUGGCAGCUGGCAGUAUGAUGCAAACCCAUGGGGACUUCGACAUGGCUCUCAGCAAGUACCGAAUCGUGGCUUGUACCGUUCCUGAGAGCCCCCUGCUCUGGAACAACAUCGGGAUGUGCUUUUUUGGCAAAAAGAAAUACGUGGCGGCCAUCAGCUGCCUGAAACGGGCAAACUACCUCGCGCCCUUUGAUUGGAAGACCCUGUACAACCUGGGACUGGUCCACCUGACAAUGCACCAAUACGCUUCCGCCUUCCACUUCAUCAGCGCAGCGGUCCAUCUCCAGCCCAAGCUGGCAGAACUUUACAUGUUGUUAGCAGUUGCCUUGACAAAUCUUGAAGAUCUUGAAAAUGCGAGGCUAGCGUAUCAGAAAGCUUCGUCCCUGGACACGGGCAACCCACUCAUCAGUCUGAAUUAUGCAAUCCUGCUAUACAACCAAGGAGAUAAGGAGGCGGCUGUGGCUCAGUACUACGAGAUGCAAAGAAAGGUCCAUGCGUUAAAAGAGAGCAGCCUGGAUUUUGACUCCGAGAUGGUGGACAUAGCCCAGAGACUGGGCACUUCCUUACAGCUUGGAGAGGUUGCAAUCUGGGCUAAACCUGGCAGAGACUCAAAACCGAAGGCACGAGGGGCUGCUGCACCCAGCACCCAGCCGUUGGGUUCCAAUCAAGCUCUGGGGCAGGCAAUGUCUUCUGCGGCUGGCUACGCAAAGACCAUGAGUCAAGGGAAGCAGAGGGAGAAAGAGAGAAUGUGAAGGCUUGGCAGGAAGAAGUAGGAAGGAAGCCCUACAGCACGGGUCUCUUCAAGGUGGUAACCACGGAGUAUGGGAAGGAGAAGCAGUUGAGUGAUUUAAGAACCAAAUUCAGAGUUGUAAAAAUGUACAUAAGAGAAAUUUUUCAUUAAAGAAGGAAGCCAAUAAAAGAAAAAGGUGGCAGGGGAGAAUGAGAAAGUGGAAAAUUCUUGACUGAGUUAUAAGCCCUGAUUGGGUCCUUCAGUGCAUCCCCGUCUCUGACGGCGAUGGACAGUUAAGGAAUACAAAAUAUAAAUUGAUCAAUCCUCAAAGGACAUCCAGAUGUCUCAAACAUCUGUGGAAGUUUAGGUUCUUUGCCAAAUUUCCGAUCCUUCGGUAAUGAGAAAGCAUGACAGAUCUAUCAAAUAAACUUAAGUGUGGUGGAGAUCAAGAAUGAAGUACAUAAAUUUUGACCUUCCAGCAUCAUAAAGGAAGUGAUAAUAUCAAUACACGUCACCACUUUUUAAACUGGAAGAGAAGAAUGUUGGUGUCACUGCUUUGUGCUCUCUCUCCUUCUCCAGUUAUUGGAAGCUCAACUCAUCCGGCCAAGGUUCCUUCCUUACCUUUGGAGCCUAAACCCAACCAACAUCCCCUUCCUGAGGAGGUCUCAUCUACUCUAAAAC